AUGGGUUCGCCGACUGGCUGCACGGCGGUGGAGACAUGGCGAGGGCAACUAUCUCCAUUGAAUGUCAUGAGGGGAAACUAUGCCAGCCUAGCGCCCAAAGCAGUAUUGAUGUCUGCUUUCAUCGCUCGCCAGGCAUUUACAGAGUCCAAGUGUCACGGGCCUGUGCGAUGCUGGGAGGGGGCGGUGGGGAACGCUGCCGGUGCAGCCGAUCUGAAUGGUUGCGAGCCUGAUUUUGCGGUGGUUGCGGCGCUUAAGGAAAAAACCAGGACCGCUAGCCUCCAGACCACGUGUCCGCCUGAGCUGUCGCCAAUAAUAACAUUAACUGCUUGCUAUCUAUCUAUUAUUGGCGCUGCUAUCGAUGGUGGCUGGCUCAGCUACUGUAGUAUUGCGUGCCCCCUACAUCGGUACUCGUAA